AACAUCUCAUGUGAAUCUAACUUAUAGUCUUAUUCUUCGGUUACUAUUCACCGACAUGUAUUACAUGGAUUGCCACUGUCAUCUUGGUGUCGAUGCACAUCUCCGGGAUUCAGAGCAGUUGAUGCAAAAAUUGAACCAGGAUCGCAGGAUCUCAUCAGAAGGCUUCUUUAAUGUCAUGUCGACUAACCGCCUUGAUCUAGAAUUUCUUGCCGCGUUGAUAAAUUUAGACGAGAGCAAUAUUUUGGUUCCUCAUUUUGGAAUUCAUCCGUGGUAUUCCCACUUAUUUUCUAUUGAUCCUAGUCUCAGUAAAAUCGAGCAUUAUAGCCUGGUGCUCAGCAGUCUACCCGAAGAUUUGCUCGAUUUACUCCCUGAUCCAAUCUAUCUUGAAGACCACAUACAGAAAAUCAUGGAAUUGACCCAAAUAUGCCAUUCUAUGAGAAAAGCUUACGCAAUUGGUGAAAUUGGCCUUGAUAAGCUUUUUCGCAUACCCAGUAAUGGAUUUUACGGUAAUCAAGAUUUUAAAACCGGGGUGAAGCUCACGGCUGCAAAGGUGCUGAUGGAACACCAGAGAGCGGUAUUCGUCCGACAACUUGAACUAGCCAACAGACUUGAAAAGCCUGUUUCUCUUCAUUGUGUUAAAGCGCACGGUCCAUUUUUCGAUAUAGUGCACUCCUCGUUUCUCGAAAUUCCAUCUGUCACGCUACAUUCUUACACGGGGUCGCCGGAUCAAGCAAUGAGAUGGGUAAAGGAAUUUUCCAAACAGAGGCGAAAUCUUUAUUUCUCAUUUUCAAACUUCAUCAAUGGUGAAGGCGACAGGGUUGCAAGCCUAAGCGAGUUAACGACGUUGAUCCCCGAAGAUCAUAUCUUGUUUGAGACAGAUAUGCCAAUCGACCGAUAUUUCCUCAGCGGGCGUGAGGAUGAGUACUUCGAGCAGUUGUAUAAAAUACAGGCCCACAUAAGCAAGAGCAAGGGCGUGUCGGAAGCGGAAUGCAACUUAAUUGUGCAGAAAAACUCUCUAUCCUUACAUCUUUCUUAGAAUUGGAAUAUACUCGUAUUUAUCGUAUGUAAAGAGUCAUGCGA